AUGAGAAGGAAAAAACUCCCUCACAAGAAAAAUUUCAAAGUAUUUGCAAAAAUAUGAAAAAGACACUACUUCUAAUUCAGAGCUUAAAUAUUAGGCAAAGAUAUGGCAGCAUCAUCUCUCUCUAUGAGCUCGGCUCCUUCGAUUCGGCCUAAACAGGUAAUGAGCACUUGUUCCACCAAUAACAUUAUUUCAUUACCAUCAUUCAAUAACAUAAGAUCAAGCUUAAAGGAUACAUCGUCUUUAGAAAAAGGCAGUAACGAGAGAAGAUCGAUACUGAUGGCAGCAGGCAUGCUAGCUCUAAGUUCUAUUACUCCAAGUUCCGUUCUAAGCAAAGAAACCCCAGAAAGGUAUACAGCAUUUGUUGACAAAGCAGACGGCUAUUCUUACGUUUACCCAUCAGACUGGAGGGAAUUUGACUUCAGGGCACAUGAUUCAGCGUUCAAGGACCGCUACUUGCAGCUUCAGAAUGUUAGGCUGAGCUUCAUACCUACUGACAAGAAUGAUGUUCAUGAUUUGGGUCCUAUGGAAGAUGUCAUUCAAACUUUGGUGAAAAAUAUACUUGCAGCUCCAAACCAAAUGACUGAUAUCAGAGAAAUACAGGAGAGAUCAGUAGAUGGAAAGAACUACUGGACUUUCGAGUACAAUCUAACAUCGCCUAAUUUCUCUGUGACCCAUUUCACUACUCUUGCCAUUGCAAAUGGGAGGUACUACACGUUAACUGUUAGUGCAAACGAGAGAAGAUGGAAAAGAUACCGGAACAAGCUUAAAGUCGUGGCAGACUCCUUCAAGGUGUUCGAAAUCUAGAUGUAUAGUUUAUAUAUUUACAUCAUGUUUACUUCUGUAGAGAUGUUGAAAAAACAGAAAUUCACCUAGUAAUUCCUCACUCUCAUCAGGAACAGAUUAUUGAUCAGCAUAAAAUAUUAUUUCGCCCUUUGCUGUUACUGUAAUAGAAACCGGCCUGAAAUUUUCCAUGUA